AUGAGCGCGAUUCUUUCGGCCGACGAUCUGAAUGAUUUUAUUUCGCCUGGUGUUGCGUGUAUCAAGCCCUUCGAGUCGCUUCCACAGAAGACAAAGGAUUUGGAGAAUCCUUAUGAAGUCACAACCGAAGACAGAGUCCAAUCGGAAAACCUCCCCCCAGCACAAAUUUCUUUGACUGAUUGCUUAGCCUGUUCUGGCUGUGUCACAUCUGCCGAGGCGGUCCUCAUCUCGUUGCAGUCUCAUACGGAAGUUCUUAACACUCUCGAUGCUUUUCCGGAAAUCUCUCUAUCAAACGAUCACAAUGGAAUGACAAUCACGAAUGCUGGCGCAGUGGAGGGAGGGAAGAUAUUUGUCGCUAGUGUAAGCCCACAGGUCAGGGCCAGCUUGGCUACCACAUAUGGCAUAUCGGAGAAACAGGCGGGGCACAUGAUCGACCAGUUACUAUGUGGACCACAGGGACUGCGCAGUGGCGGAAAGAAUGGUAGUGGCUUCACAUGGGUUGUGGAUACCAAUGUUAUGCGUGAAGCUGUCUUGGUACUGACUGCAGACGAAGUGUCCGAGUCACUUUCUGGCGAAGAGUCUGCUAGUGAUUCGGAUGCUCCCAAGCGCCCUAUCCUUUCAUCUGCAUGCCCUGGAUGGAUUUGCUACGCUGAGAAGACCCAUCCAUUCAUUCUGCCUCAUCUAUCUCGACUGAAGUCUCCUCAGGCUUUAUCUGGCACCUUCCUCAAGACCGUAUUGAGCAAAUCCCUUGGGAUUCCACCGUCACAGAUAUGGCAUUUGGCAGUUAUGCCGUGCUUUGAUAAGAAGCUAGAGGCGAGUCGAGAGGAACUUACAGAUGUCUCCUGGCAACAGGGUUCUGAUCAAAAUAGCCUUGAAUCGAAGCCUGUGCGUGAUGUAGAUUGUGUGAUUACUACACGUGAGCUACUUUCCUUGGCUUCCUCACGAGGCCUAUCACUACCUAACCUCCCUCUUCAACCAUUAUCAACCCUCACCCCAUCAUUUCCUGAAAAGAGACUUGGGUCGUUCAUUUCAUCCAGACAAUCUACCGCCGAGCAGUCUACUGCAACAGGCACGUCGGGUGGUUACUUAUAUCACGUACUAAAGACAUUCCAAGCCCGCAACCCCGGCAGUGAAAUUGUGACUAAUCGCGGCCGUAAUGCCGACGUGGUUGAGUACGUGCUCAUGUCUAAAGAAGCAAAGCCCAUUAUGAAGGCAGCCCGCUAUUACGGCUUCCGAAACAUUCAGAACCUCGUUCGCAAAUUAAAGCCUUCGCAGGUUUCCCGAAUGCCUGGUGUAAAGGCAAUGGCUGGUCGGCGUCAGCCAAUAUCACGCAAUGCCACCUCCUCCGUCGGCUCUUCAGAUUACGCCUAUGUGGAGGUAAUGGCUUGUCCAGGUGGCUGCACAAAUGGCGGUGGACAAAUCAGAGUGGAGGAUGCCAGGGAUGCCACUGCUUCUCAAACAGUUGAGGUAUCAGCAGCGUCAGAAAGUUUACCAAAGCCAUCUCCAAAUGAACAAAGAGCAUGGUUAGCCCGUGUGGAUGAAGCAUAUUACUCCAUGGAAUCAGACGAUCCUGAUGGAGAGGGACAGUCCCAUUUGAGCUCGUUUGAAGAAAAAGAGAGCAGAAUUCACGAGGGUCUGAGCCGUUGGUCCGAGUUCAUGAACAUUCCUUUGUCCAAGCUGGUUUAUACAACAUAUCGCAAGGUCGAAAGUGAUGUUGGGAAAGAUCAGAACGCAGGCGCCGCUAACACCAACGACACGGCCCGGGUGAUCGAGAUUGCUGGGAAAAUUGGUGGUGGAUGGUAG